GCAUGCCCACAAACGGAAUUAACAAGGCCCUCAAGCUGCAGUUUGGUCUCAUCAACUAUGAGAACCGAUACCUCACAGCUGAGGCCUUUGGCUUCAAGGUGAACGCCUCAGGCAUCAGCAUGAAGAAGAAACAGAUCUGGACCUUAGAGCAGGACGAGCAAGAUGGGCAGGUAGUGUUCCUCCGAAGCCACCUGGGACGGUAUCUGGCCUCUGACAAAGAUGGGAAGAUGACCUGUGGGGCAGAGAAGCCUGACCCUGACUGCCGUUUCCUUAUUGUGCCCCAGUCUGAUGGUCGCUGGGCUUUGCAAUCAGAGCCUUACCUGCGUUACUUUGGAGGCUCUGCUGACUAUCUGUCCUGCUUUGCUCAAGCUAUUGGGGAACAAGAGUUAUGGGCUGUCCAUUUGGCCUUGCAUCCUCAGGCCAGCCUGCUCAGUGUGGCACGUAAGCGCUAUGCCCAUUUAUCUGCUUCAGAUGGAGAGAUCUCAGUGGACAGCAACAUUCCCUGGGGAGUGGACUCCCUGGUAACCUUGGUAUACCUGGAUGGCAAGUACAGCCUGAAGACCUGUGAUAGUCGUUUCCUCAGAAAUGAUGGCAAACUGGUGAAAGAGAACACCAAUACAACUAGCUUCACACUGGAGCUGAAGUCUGGAAAGCUGGCCUUUAAGGACUGUGAUGGGAAAUAUCUGAGCCCUUUGGGUCCUACUGGAACUCUGCGAUCUGGCCGAUGCUCCAAGCCUGGAAAAGACGAGCUUUUUGAUCUGGAGGAGAGUCAUCCCCAAGUUGUUUUUCAAGCUGCCAAUAAAAGAUUUGUCUCGGUCAAGCAAGGAGUGAGUAUUUCAGCCAAUCAGGAUGUCGAGACAGACAUGGAGACCUUUCAGAUGGAGAUUCACAAGGACACUAAAAAGCCUAUGUUCAGGACAAAUGGUGGAUCCUACUGGACUCUUGUGUCUCACGGAGAGAUCCAGUCCACUGCAACAGAAGUAGAGGUCAACACAAUGUUUGACAUUGAGUGGCGAGGAAAGAGGGUGGCCCUCAAAGCAAGUAAUGGAAAGUAUGUUUGCACAAAGAAGAAUGGGCAGCUCUCAGCAGUCAGCGAUGCAGUUGGUGAUGGGGAAUUAUUCCUGAUGAAACUCAUCAAUCGUCCUAUGCUGAUCCUUCAUGGAGAGAAUGGCUUUGUGUGUCACCACAAGAGCUCCAACACUCUGGAUGCAAAUCGAUCAGUCUAUGACAUUUUCUCAUUGAUCUUCAAUGACGGCGCCUACUAUGUAAAAAGUGUGAAUGGCAUGUUCUGGUACGUCUCUAGCAGUGGCCUCGUGUGCUCAGAUGGAGAGAAGCCUGAGGACUUUUUCCUUGAGUUCCUGGAACAUGGAUGCGUCGCUAUUAAGGGCUCUAAUGGCAAGUACCUUCGAGGAGAUAAGGGAGGUACACUCAUGGGGGAUGCAACAACUGUUGAUAGAUCUUGUCUCUGGGAGUACUGAUCACUUUCAGCCAGGGUCCUCAAAGAGCAAGCCAGAAGAUGGGGUGUAGGACCUGCUUCUAUCAACUCAAAUGAAGUGAACUAACCAAGUUACAUUUUUCCUGCCUGCUUUUAUACUAGCUACCCAGUGCCCAAUAACACAUUUAGUUUUAUUUCAAAUUGGAAAGUGCUGGACGCAUUAGGAAGAUGUGUUGAUUUUUUAAGUGUUGAAUGUUUGUCUUUCCAAUUACAUUGCCAACAUCAACCAUAUUGUGUGAAAUCCUGUAAUUUCAAAAAUACAGAAUGAGACAGUGGAUUUUUAUUGUGAUCAAAAUAAGUUUAUGACGACCAAAUAUCUUUGAGAGCUACCAUACUGAUCAGUCCCUGAACAUGGAGAAAUUUUAAAUGAGAAUCGCUGCCUUGGACACAUUCUGUGUCCCCCAGUGUGGUCUGUUCAAAAAGCUUGGCAAUGAAUGGGAACAAAAGGAAUGUUAAGUCCUUCUUUUGCUACUAAAUCCCACUGGGUAAACAGACAAAAUAUCCCAAAGCUGAAACAGCCUUUGCAAAUGUUUCUGUCAAAACAGCAUUCACACGCUCCUACUAUAAAAUCAAUGAAAACAGCAUAGACAAUAAAAGGUCAGUGUGGUGGGAGAUACUUUAAUUUGCUUUUAGUUAAGAUGAUUGAUCAUCUUAAUCUUGCUUCUGUAACCACAGUCAAGAAUCCAACCAUUUUUGUUUACCGUUUUAACCAUUUAAUACAUAUCAGGUUCUUUAAGAACAGUCAUUAAUGGGACCCAAAUUACAAAGGUAAUGCACCGAUGUCUUCAAAGACAGCUAAUGGCUAGUGCCAAUGGUGUUUUCAUUUCUCUUUAUGAACCAUUUACAGCAUCCAUGAAUGCACUUAAUGAAGCAAAUGAAGUAGACUGGAACAAAUCCGUAACUCUGCACUGCUGAUCAAUGUACGGUAUAUCCACAGAGGGCUUCAUUUAGCAUCACUCCAAACACUGAGAUACUUAAAAAAAUGUACUGCAUUUAUCAUUACAGAGAUAAGACAUGUAAAGGAAAAAAAAGAAUACCAGUAGAAAUGUAAUAUACCCAUUACAGGGACAAGCAAUGAAACCAGAGGGGGGAGGACAUUAAAGGGUUGAUGAAGUACACAUCAUUCUUUUAUGUACCAGGUAUAAACGUGUUCUUAAAGUGCUUCUCUGGUGUUCUGCCUAGGGGCCUUAAACCAUACUGCACUCUGUAUCCCUUAAUGCCCUGUUCUCGUGUUCAGAGUUGGGUGGUAAGAUUAGAAAAUAUAAAUACGGUAAUUAAAAAAACACAUUUCCUUUUUUUAUUGCUAAGAUUACUUAUACGUAAUAUGUAAAAGUGGAAUAAGAAAAGUUGUUAGGACUUAACACCUGUUGUAUCCUAUGAAGAAAUAGGAACACUGCUUGUGUGCUCAGUAGCCUCUAGUAUACCUCUAGCCAGCUCAGCUCUGUUGAGGUGGGACAUUUUUUUGUAUUUUGAUUCAAUCUCUUAUUAAAAUCAAUGAGGGCACAAGCUGAACCUGUAUACAAUUUAUCCUCUAGAUUUUUGUCAGUUUUUUCCUGUGAAGAAUUUAAGUCUGCAAUAGUUCAUGUAAUGUCAAAUCCAAUGAUUUUGUGAUAUACGCUAAUUGCAAUAGUGGAGAAACAUUUUAGAAAGUCCUGAACUGUUUGGUCAACCAUGCAUCCUGUACCUGCUCUGUAGACAGCCUCCAGUCAUAAUUUAGGAUUUGUUAUAUAUUAAUAU